GGCGAACUUUGUCCCUUCCCUGUUUGAACACAUUAUGUAUCCUGGAACGAACCGGAAGUGGCUGGCCAUCAAAGUCUGACAGCUUAUUAUAAGGAAGACCAAGUGCGUGAAGGCCAAGAGAGAGCAUCUGGACCAUCCGACCAAUCAGCACGUCAGAUUCUGACAGAAAUCCCACCCUUUUUCCUGCUCUUCCUCCCCCAUUGACUACACAGGCGAGACGUGGGGAUCACUCCCACAUCUGCAGCCUCCGCCGACGUUUCUUCUCCAUUCAUCUCUUCAAAUAGCCAUCAUGGUGUCCCAUAAGGAGUUUGCAGGUGCAGGGAAACAGCCGGGCUUGCAGGUGUGGCGUAUCGAGAACCUGGACCUGAAGCCCGUCCCGAAGGCCCUGCAUGGCAACUUCUACACGGGAGAUGCCUACUUGCUGCUCUUCACCACCGCGGCCCCCUCCUACAACAUACACAUGUGGCUGGGUGAUGAGUGCUCGCAGGACGAAAGCGGCGCGGCAGCCAUCUUUGCCACACAGCUGGAUGACUUCCUGGGUGGUGGACCGGUGCAGUUCAGGGAGCUGCAGAGCUGCGAGUCCAACACCUUCCUGGGCUACUUUAAGUCCGGCAUCAAGUACCAGAAAGGUGGCGUGGCGUCUGGUUUCCAACACGUGGUGACCAACGGCACGAAUGUGAGCCGACUGCUUCACAUCAAAGGUCGCAGGGCCAUCCGAGCCACGGAGGUGGACAUGUCCUGGGCCAACUUCAACAAGGGAGACUGCUUCAUUGUUGACCUGGGAAAGGACAUCUAUCAGUGGUGCGGCAGUGAGUGUAACCGCUUCGAGAGGCUGAAGGCCUCCCAGGUGGCCAUCGACAUCAGAGACAACGAGAGAAACGGCCGCGCCAAGCUGCACAUGGUGGAGGAGGGCGAAGAGCCUGGAGCAAUCACGGAGGUGCUGGGGCCCAAAACUGCCAUUGCACCGAGUACUGCUGACGAUGACAAAGUGGACACGUCCAAUAGGAAUAAGGCUGCCCUCUACAUGAUUUCGGAUGCAUCUGGUUCCAUGAAGGUGUCUUGCGUGGCACCAUCCAGUCCCUUCAAACAGGCCAUGUUGUCUCCUGACGAGUGCUACAUUCUGGACAAUGGCGUGGACAAAAACAUAUUUGUUUGGAAAGGUCCAAAAGCCAACACAUCAGAACGUAAAGCCGCCAUGUCUGCAGGUCAGAAGUUCAUUAAUGAGAAAGGGCACUGCAGCAAGACCAAGAUCCAAGUACUUCCUGCUGGAGCCGAGACAACCCUGUUCAAGCAGUUCUUCAGUGACUGGAAGGACAAAGACGAGACCACCGGUCCGACUAAGGCCUUUGCUAUUGGCCGGAUCGCUAAAGUGGAACAGGUGCCUUUUGACGCGGGCAGCCUGCACUCCAAUAAAGUCAUGGCGGCUCAGCACGACAUGGUGGAUGACGGCAGCGGCAAAUUCCAGAUCUGGCGUGUGGAGAAUGGGGAAAAGGUUCCCGUGGAUCCUUCGCGUUACGGUCACUUCUACGGCGGUGACUGCUACCUCAUCCUCUACAGCUACAAGAAUGGACACAUCAUAUAUACUUGGCAAGGGCUGAAGGCUACACAAGAUGAACUUGCCGCUUCAGCGUUCCUCACCGUGAAGCUGGAUGACUCAAUGGGUGGAUCCCCAGUUCAGGUGAGGGUAACUCAGGGUCAGGAGCCACCCCACCUGAUGAGCCUGUUCAAGGGCAAACCUAUGAUCAUCCACAGUGGGGGAACAUCACGUAAAGGUGGACAGACUCAAACCGGAGGCUCUCGCCUCUUCCACAUCCGGCAGAGCUCCUCCCACGCCACCCGCGCCGUCGAGGUUCAAGUGUCUGCUUCCAACCUGAACACCAAUGAUGUGUUUGUGCUGAAGUCGCCGAGCGAGCUGUUUGUGUGGCGCGGUGUGGGCGCCAGCGAUGACGAAAUGCAGGCCGCCAAGCAUGUGGUGAGCUUCCUCGGGGGAAGCGCCAUCCCUGUGUCGGAGGGAAAAGAGCCAGCUGCGUUCUGGUCCGCCCUGGGUGGCAAGAGGGAAUACCAGACCUCCAAGAGUCUGCAGACAGUGAUCAAACCACCACGUCUGUUUGGCUGCUCCAACAAAACUGGAAGGCUCAUCGUUGAAGAAGUACCAGGAGAUUUUACCCAGUCUGACCUGGCCACUGACGAUGUCAUGAUUCUGGAUACCUGGGGCCAACUUUUUCUUUGGGUUGGCAAUGAGGCGAAUGCGCAGGAAAGGGCUGGAGCUCCCAAAAUAGCGAGGGAAUACCUGGAUUUGGACCCGGCCGGCCGUAAGGGGCUGCCCAUCACCACCAUCAAACAGGGAGCGGAGCCGCCAACGUUCACCAGCUGGUUCCAAGCUUGGGACCCCAAGAUGUGGGAGACAGAUCCGUUGGAUAGAAUCCGUGCCCGUUUCUGAGCACCAAACUCCUCUGAGUCUUUGGCUAACUUUGCACCUAUUUAGCACCUGUUGCCAUUGUUUCCUUACCUCUUUAAACACCUACCGUAAGUGCCAAAAGCCAAGCUUGCAAACAGAUUGAAAGGCUGAUACCACGCCCUGGUGGACCAAGAGGGUGGUACAGUGGUUUAGAAAAGGAUGCUUCCUCUCUUUGUCUGAUGUUAUAGUGGCUAAUCCAAAUGGGUUUAUUUAUCUUUUACUCCUCCAACUAGACAGCUUCACUCUCUCAGUUUAAGAGUAGGAAACUAUGUACGCAAGACAUUACAGACAAAUAUAUCAUCAUGCUUUUUCCCCAUACUGCCCAAUUAAUCCAUUGCCACGUUGUAUGUUGUUUGUCAUUUGUUUUCAUGCUGCUUUUUUUUUUUUUAUCCUGCUGUGAAAAGUAUAUGCAUGCACAUCAUUUAUCACAGUGUCCAUAGAAUGCUUUCAUGGUUGACUUUUAAAUAAAACUCACCCAGAGUUUGAAA